AUGGACGGCUUCCUCGGUAAAAUGAUCGAAAAGUUCGCUGAGAAAGCUACUGGUGGCAGCAGCAACAGCGGCGGCGACGGCUACUCCUCCUACAACCAGCAGCCCAGCUACGGUGGACAGGGGCAAGGUUAUAAUUCAGGCCCCGCCCCUCCCCAGGACCUCCCUUACCCGUGGGUCGCCCGCUGGGAUGAUCGCGGCCAGCGUUGGUUCUACGUGAACGAGCAGACCGGCGAGAGGUCCUGGGAGCGGCCGUACGGCGGCAGUGGCGGUCCGUCGUACGGAGAGCGAUCGUACGGUCAGCCUCAGCCUUCGUAUGGGUAUGAAGGCGGCUACGGGCAGUCGCAGGCACAGCGACCCGAACACAAGGAUCAUAGUAUGAUGUAUGGUGCGGCGGCGGGGGCGGCCGGUCUGGUGGGUGGUGCGAUACUGAUGCAUGAAGGGGAGAAAAUCCAUGAGGACUGGGAUGAGAAUAAGGAGAGAAUCGAGCAGAAUGUUGAGGAUUUUCCUGAGAAUGCGGCACGGUGGACAGGCGAAAAGGUUGGUGAAGUGGAGGCGAUCCCAGAGAAUAUCGAACAGGGCUGGGAUCACGCCGAGGACCGCAUCGAGAAUAAGUGGGACAAUGCAGUCGACGACGUCGAGGACUUUCCCGAGAAUGUGGCGGAAUGGACUGGACGAAAAGUCGGCGAGGUGGAACAGUUUGGCGACAAUAUAGACAAUGCCUAUGAUGAGGGAAGGGCCGAGGGUCGCGAUGAUUGGUAG